CAGUGAUCCAGGUAGUUUAGAUAUCUUGAUAGCUGUAGGUGAUUUGAUUUUGGAAUGUUUUAGUAAUUGGAGAAAGAAAAAACUUUAUGAACAAGAGAGUGAAUUAACAGAAGAAGAAAGUAGUUUAGAAUAUAUUGAAUUAGAAGAUAGAGUCAGGAGACUAGAAGAACAAAUUCAAGAAAAUUAA